AAGCUAGCACAUCCAUCCAGGUCAUCCAUCAGCUCUUCCCUCUGCUCACAACUCACAAGCAACAGUUCUGUUGGAGCUUAUCAAUCUCUCGAUUCCCAGGAGGAACGGAACCAAAGGUCUGCUGGUCGCGCGCGUGCCACUAGUCAGGAGACGGGAUGGGCAACCUUGUCUCGCAGUGCGUCGGGAACGGUGCCGGCGCGCGGCCUCUGGUCAUCGGGGCGACGGACGGCAGCCGAACGAUGGUCGAGGAGAACACCGCGGUCGCGGAGCUGAUGAUCGACGCGCCGGGGCACGUGGUUGCUCGCGCCACGGACGUGGCGAGGGAGCGACGGUUGCGGGCGAUGGCGGCCGACGAGGUCCUGCGCGCUGGCGUGGUGUACCUCCUCGUGCCGGCAGGCCGGGCCGGUGCGCGGCUAGGCGGCCGUGAGGUCGAGGCCAUCGGGAGGCUGGUCUCUGGGAAGAAGGGUUCGAGGAAGAGCAGGCCCGGCGGCGGCAGGAGGGUCUUUCCGGACGUCAGCGCCGAAGAGGACGCGGCUGAAAGAAAGGAGGUUGUGUGUGCUGUUAAACGGGCCCAUGAUCAUGGAUUUGGGCCCAGGCAAUGGAGGCCCGCCCUGGAUACCAUCUAUGAGGCCUAGAUUUUUUCUUCUUAUUAGAGAGAGUAGGAAACCCCAUUCUUUGGUUUAUAUGUUUAGGAACU